AUGUAUGGCGAAGACUCGAUUGAAAUAUCACCAAGCGAAGCGGACGAAAUCUAUGAUCAAUCACACUUGAUUGAACGUAUUGAAAAUGUCGAAAAAGAGAUUAGUACUUCUUCCAUCUGCACCUCUGCUUUCAAAAGUGAUUAUUUUGAGCACCCUGCUCUAUACAGAGUGUUAUUCAUGGGAUCAACUAGUGAGGAGAAAAAGAAAGAGAUAUUCAAAAAAUUAAGCCAAGGAUUUGUACAUGUUCUACAGCAUCACCGCAGUAACAACCACCACGCUCAUCAUAUUGCUACUAGUGAUAUCCAUAGCAGUAGUACAAAUAACAUGUUUGAACAGCCAAUUACUCCCUUCAAAGAGAUAAAGCACAACAUUAUACUGUUGAGCGAUGAUGAUGCACCAGAAUUGCUGUCAGAAACCUGCGAGGAUGUUGGCGUAUCCAUGAUUGAAGCAGAUUUCACAUGGAAUUCCAACGCAAUACGGUUUUCAAACGACCCUGAUAACCUUCUGUUCAAAUAUGCUUGGGAUCAAUGCCCAAAUCCAAGAGAACUGCCUGCUGCCUGGAUGGAGGAUAAGAUAAGAGAUCAUAAAUUUACAGGUUUCAUGUAUCCAGAAGCCACGCCCAAUGGAAUUGACCUUUGCGUCUAUUUCUACGAUGGUCAAGACGAUGAAAAGACUAAAUGCGACUUAAAUCUGCUGUGCUCGCUUCGCAAACUGGGUAUCUAUGUACUGCCAUUGACACUAAGUCGCGAUGAACGGCAAAAGAGUCAUUUCGCUGACAUGUUGACAGAAUACAAAGUACGGUGCCUUGAUCUCGGAAACCUGGAAGUUGGACAAGAACCUAGUUUCCAGAAACGACAGCAAAAUGUAACACAAUAUGAUCAAGUUGGACGCUUGCAGGUUAUGGAAUGCACACAAUUGAAUGUGCCUCGGGUGGCAACUUAUCAAAUAUUGGCAGUUGAUCAGUUCUGUGCUAUCGAAAACAAGUCAAUAUUUGAGUUACUCAAAAGAACAAGAGAGCGGCAACAAAUGCUAAAGAUCAUGAAGGAGCAAGUCAUGCUGCGACAACAGGAUUCAGAGUUGGAUAAAGAACAAAGCGAUAGCACAUCUACCAGCAAUUCUACUUCCACCAUCACCACACCAGCAGCAGCCACUACGCAAUCGACACAAACAUACUGGUACUUUGAUCACUAUCAGUUCAUCAAGGCAACCGUUGUCAUCAUGCUGAUUGUUGUGGCUUGCUCAUUCACCAUCAACAAGUACAGAUCAACGCGAUGGACCGUCGAAUUCCAAGUGAAGCCAGACUUUAACUUUACUGUGCAAACUAGAAACUCAAAAGGCUUAUCCAACUGGUCCAGUGUGCAACCACAAGUUUGGAUGAAUGAUAAGCAUUUAAUACCCAUCAGAAGAGUAGACGAUCAACCUGGGAUGUAUGAUCUGCUCAUUGAAUACAGCCAAAUAUCAAGCCAGCCUAUCGUUCAACUCGCUUUUACUGUAAAUACCAGCUUGAAUCAAAUCUCAUAUACCACUGCAGGCUACCCAAACACUCAUUUUGUGAUAUUGAACCCUAAAUUCCUACAUCAGCAACAAAACCCUCCUUCGCAAACACAACAGCAGAACGAGAGCCAUCAAAAUACCAUCCAGCAACCACAGCAGCAGCAGCAGCAGCAGCAGCAGCAGCAGUCGAAGCAGCAUGACCAGCAACUCAAUGCAAAACACACUUUAAAGUCUCUCAAAUUCUUUACCACCAAUACUAUUCAGAAUAUCAUCAAGAUUAUUUGGAUUGACUAA